AUGGGAGAUAAAGGAAACAAAACAGAUGCAUAUAUAGUGUGUUAUGCACCAACCAUGAUUACAACAAAUGGAAUAUGGCAAGGAGAUAACCCUUUGGAUUAUUCUCUUCCACUUUUCAUCUUGCAAUUAACUUUAGUUGUUGCAGCCACUCGCAUGUUCGUCUUUAUUCUCAAGCCCUUUCGCCAGCCACGUGUCAUAGCUGAAAUUCUGGGAGGAGUAAUAUUAGGUCCUUCGGUGCUUGGAAAAAAUGAACUAUUUGCCAAUGCAAUUUUCCCUCUAAGAAGUGUGAUGGUCAUUGAAACAAUGGCGAACGUUGGAUUACUUUAUUUCCUCUUCUUGGUUGGUGUGGAGAUGGAUGUGACUAUUUUGCGCAGCGUAGGGAGAAAGGCGGUCUUUGCAGCAAUUUCUGGCAUGGUUUUGCCUUUCAUCAUUGGUGCUUCUUUUUCCUUCUUUUCGAAUAAGCACACUCACGAUAACAUAAACCAAGGAACUUAUAUUCUGUUCCUCGGCGUCGCUCUAUCUGUCACUGCUUUUCCUGUCUUAGCUCGAAUCCUGGCCGAGCUAAAACUUAUUAACACGGAUUUAGGAAGGCUCGCUCUUUCGUCUGCACUCAUUAACGACGUGUGCGCUUGGAUUCUCUUGGCUUUAGCAAUUGCAUUGGCUGAAAAUGAAACAAGUUCUUUUGCUUCCCUUUGGGUUUUAUUGUCGGGCGCAGCAUUUGUGGCCUUUUGUAUUUACGCCGUUCGACCAGCAGCCUCAUGGGUAGUUAGGAAAACACCUGAAGGUGAAUCAUUCAGUGAAUUCUAUAUAUCUCUUAUAUUAGCCGGUGUCAUGAUCUCCGGUUUCAUCACCGAUGCUAUUGGAACACAUUCUGUUUUCGGAGCUUUCGUGUUUGGUUUGGCGAUUCCGAGUGGACCACUUGGUGUUACUCUUGUGGAAAAGCUUGAGGAUUUUGUUUCCGGACUUUUGCUCCCUCUAUUUUUCGCAAUCAGCGGGUUAAAAACCGAUUUAGGACUCCUUCAAGGGUCUUGGACUUGGAGUAUUCUUAUUAUUGUCAUUUUUCUUGCUUGCAUCGGCAAAGUUGUGGGAACUCUAGCUGUUGCAUUCUUUUAUCAAAUGCCGAUCCGCGAAGGCGCUACCCUCGGAUUACUCAUGAACACAAAAGGCCUUAUUGAACUGAUUGUUCUCAAUGUUGGAAAAGACCAAAAGAUUUUCGAUGAAGCAUCAUUUGCCGUAAUGGUGGUUAUAACCGUAAUAAUGACCGGAAUAGUUGUACCUGCUGUAUCGAUAAUUUAUAGACCACCAAGGGGAAACAUACAUUACAAAAGAAGAUCAAUUCAGAUAUCAAAACCAGAUGCAGAAUUUAGAAUACUAGUUUGUGUCCAUAGUCCUCGAAAUGUGCCAACGAUGAUCAACCUCCUUGAAGCCUCGAAUCCAACAAAGAAGUCGCCAAUAUGCCUCUACAUGCUUCAUUUGGUCGAACUCAGCGGCCGUACAUCAGCAAUGCUUAUUGCCCACAACACAACAAAACCAGAACAGGUAGCACUUAACCGAACGGAAGCUCAAUCCGAUCACAUAAUCACCGCCUUUAAAAACUACCAACAAAACUCAUCAUUCGUCUCUGUCCUGCCUUUAACAGCAGUUUCCCCUUACUCAACAAUGCAUGAGGAUAUAUGCAAUUUAGCACAAGAAAAACGUGUAUCGCUAAUAAUCAUUCCGUUUCAUAAACAACUAACAGUUGACGGUGGAAUGGAACCAACAAACAUGUCGUUUCGUACAAUCAACCAAAACGUACUAACAAAUGCACCUUGCUCGGUCGGAAUUCUAGUCGACAGAGGCUUAAACGGUUUAAACCAUCUAGACUCAAAUCAAGUAUCACAUCAUGUAGCAGUAAUGUUUAUCGGUGGACCGGACGACAGAGAAGCCUUAUGCUAUGGAUGGAGAAUGUUCGAACACACCAGCAUAAGCCUAACCAUAAUGCGGUUUGUCCCGGGCGAAAAACUAAACGAACCGCUUCGUCAACACCAAAUCAAUCCAGACGAACCAAGCGUGUUAACAGUUGAAACGGAUAACGAUAUAGAAAAACGAAUCGAUGAGAAACUAAUACACGACUUUAGAAUGAGGUACACGGGCGAUGAUUCAUUUAACUACUUUGAGAAAGUAGUUAACAAUGGAGAGGAAACAGUAGCAGCAAUAAGAACAAUGCAUGAUAUACAUGAUCUAUUUAUAGUUGGAAGAGGUCAAGGAAUGAUAUCACCAUUGACAGCAGGGUUAACUGAUUGGAGUGAGUGUCCUGAGAUGGGUGCAAUAGGUGAUCUAUUAGCUUCAUCAGAUUUUGCAGAAACUGCUUCAGUUUUGGUAGUGCAACAAUAUGUUGGAAUAGGAUCAAAUUUUGAUGGAUUAGAUACACCAGUUGAUAGUGAAGAAUAUAAUAAUAGUGUUGACAUAAAUCAUCAAUCUGGAACAUCAAGAGCACAUACUGUUUUUAAUACAGAAAGAAUAACUCCGCAUAAUUUAUAG